UUUAACCUCUCAUACCAUUAGCUACUAUAAGUAGAGCAUAACUCCUAGUCAAGCUCUAAUGGGAAGAGUGGGUAACAUGCAAGAACUGAUGGGUGAUGUCAGCAAAGAGAUGGAAGCUCUAAGCAAGAAUCAAAAGGAGAGCUUCUUCCCAGCCAGCCACACCAGAGGGAGGCCAAGAUGGCAGAUGAGAUCGCCAAGGCUCAGGCCACUUGGCCUGGUAGCAACACAAUCUUUGGGAAGAUCAUUCACAAGGAAAUUCCAGCCAAAAUCAUUUUUGAGGAUGACCAGUGUCUUGCUUUCCAUGACAUUUCCCCUCAAGCAUCAACAUGUUUUCUGGUGAUACCCAAGAAACUUAUAUCCCAGAUUUCUGCAGCAGAGGAUGAUGAUGAAAGUCUUCUUGGAAAUUUAAUGAUUGUUGUCACAAAAUGUGCUGCUGUUUUGGGCCUGAAGAAGGGUUAUCGAAUGGUGGUGAAUGAACACCAUGGGGGUGGGGGACAGUCUUUCUAUUAUGUUCAUCUCCAUGUUCUUGGAGGUGGCAGAUGAACUGACCU